GCAUACACUGCGGCUUCAGGUUCAUGUUCUGAAUGUGCUGAUGAUUGGAAAGCUUUUUUCUGCCGUCCAAAUCGCUCUCCUUGCUCUAAAAUCCACCUCCGGCUAAGCAACCAUGUACAACUUGUCUUUUUAUUCAAUAUGAUGUAAUAUUUUUGCUUGAAAACAGAAUUUUCACCAACAAAUCAACGAAGAAUGGCGGAGUAAAACAAGUGGAGACUACAACUGAAUUUGUGUGUGGUCUGUUGAUCGAAAUAUUAUUCAAAAAUUCACCAAAAUCCACAAGCUGAUGGAAUACCGCUCAGAUGACCCAAGAACUUUCUAUCCUGAAAUUGCGAAGCAAUCGGAACUACUAGCCAAGGAUUUUAUCACAUACCGGCUCGGAAAAAACCCAAUGCCUGCGAACUCAGUAGCGGAAACUUUGCGAAAAUUGGCGGACAAAAUAGAGGAGCAAUACCCCACACUAUUGAACCAUUUAUGUCAUAAACUAAACCUCUCUAGAACCACCGCUUACGCAACAUUUGUGGAAAUAGCUAGUGAAGUUUUUGCCGAUGGGAUAAAUUGGGGAAGAAUUGUUGUAUUGUAUGCUUUUGGUGGACGGCUCGCUGUAUACUGCGAGCACCAUAAUAUGAAGGACUUAGUCGAUCUCGUGGUCAGUUGGGUAGCCAAGUAUGUUGGUGGACUYAGUGACUGGAUAGACAAUGAAGGCGGAUGGGAGGGACUGAACAGACAAUUCCAGGAAAAAACAAAUGACAGUUCUUGGUGGAAAGGUGUAUUUAUUGCAACUCUAGGUAUUGGUACAUUGGCAGCUCUUGUGUGUUCACGGUAGAAUCUCUUGUGGGACMAGUUGUAUGAAGGGUGACUAGUGCUAUCCACUAGAUAAAAUCUAUCUAUAGAAUGGGUAUACUUUUUGUGGUGGACAACUCUAUGGACCCUUUGUACAACUGGUCCCUGGUGUUGUUAUGGUAACCUUAUCUGACAUGUAUAUUAUUUAUAAUAUGGGCAUAUUGAUGGAGAAAUUUGAAUGGUCACAUGCAUUGUAUUCAUAGGUGAUCAAAUUUCAAAUUCUCCUUCUAAACAUAACGAAUUGCAAGGUGAAUUUGAAAAUUGAUUACUAUUGCAUGUUCCAAUUGUAUGUAUGUAAGAAAUAUAAAGGACUGUAUGAGAAUUGUGUUAGUUUAAUACUGAAUUAAUGAUUGAAAUUAUUCUCCUUUUGUUUAGCUUAAGUGAGAAUUUAUUCUUUGAUCAUUGAUUGUUCUUGUUCAGAGCAAUAGCAUUUAAUUGAGAGUAAAAAUGAUGAGUAUAUAGUGUGUUAAAAAGUUGUUAUAAAGGGUGGCAUAAAAACUGGAAAAAUGCAUAGUCAAUAACUUGAAUGACAGUCAUGGUAAACUUUAGUAAUCCCUACAUUUUUAUUCCCUACACUAUGUGUGCAUUUAAUACUUGAUUUGAAAACUGGUCAAUCCUGUUUAUCAUGUUAAAAUACCCUUACUAGUGAUAUCAGACAAAGAGAACAGAAAUGAUGCUAGCAGACAGAAAUAUUUUAGAAAUGUUAGUAGUGUUUUGUUCAUUAAGCAAUUAAAUGACAUGGUCUUUCUUGCAGCAGGCACCCUCCUAACACAAAUGUACGAAUGUAUCAUGAAUGUUUCUGACAUAUUAACUCCUGCCAUUCCUUAAUUUAAUACACUCCCCUGUCAAAGUAUUGAUCAAGAUAUAUGUCAUAACUUGCAAUGUCAUUUUUGAUUGGCUCUUUGCAUAUUCUUUACUAGAUAUUUCUGUUUCUUUGCUGCUUUUUUGUUAGYAUAUUAAAACUGCAGGAUUACUGACAUUGAUAUACAGUAUUAGUAGGAAACAGACAGUACUAGUUGCAGCCACUUGCAUUCAGUGCAUGGAACAAAAGCAACAAUUCCUUCCCUAAAUUUAGACUUACAAGCAACUUGGAAUGAUAGUGCAGUAAGAUCAGUUUCUUACUUAUAUGAGAUAUACUCUAUAAUGUACAGUUUGAUGGCAUCUUAAUAUAUUCAAUAUUUACCUGAACUCAGUUAAUUGAAUGCAAUAAAACUUAUAUCAAAAAUAGCUAUGUAAUGAAUAUAGCUAAAUAUUAUAGUUAAAAGUAUUGAAAAAAACUCUUUAAUAGUCAAUAUUUAGCUUUUCUCAAUAACGCUAACUACAGACUGAACUAUCUGAUAUUUAAUAGGAUAUCUGAUGGUAUUGGUUUCUAUCAGAAACCUAUAAGGACUUGAAAUGUGUAAUACCAUGCCAACCGUUGGAAUAUUCAAAUCUAAUUUGCAUCUCAUUUCCUUAUUUGGAACAAUUAAAUUUAUCUUAUAGCCAACCAGAAAGGGCCAAUUAUGGUCAUAGUAUGGUCAUACCAUGUUCGUUUUCAAAUUUUUUAAUGAGCUUUGAAUAAUUUGACACUUGGUACUAAAGAAAUGUAUGGGUGUCACACGUUUCAAGUCCCUUAUCGGUUUCUGUUUCUAUAUGAUUGUGUAUGACUAUGACUUAAAAAUUGACUUUUGUAGCAUCUCGCUCUUGAUUUAUUGACCGCCUUUCUUGAAAUCCCUUUUCUCAAAACCUCUUAAAAUGUUUUCUUGUGUUUGAAACAAGAACAAAUUGCAACUAGAUUUGAAAAUCUUAGUUAAGACCAACAGCUUGAAAUACAGCUUGAAAAUGAAAAAUUCCUAAUUGUUUAAAAUUAAAUUGAUUACAAAAAUCAAAAUAGGUAUUCCAUUCAAGCGAACGCAUUCAAGCUUGUCAUGUUUAGCAAAAUGUGACUUGAUUAUGUGGAAUAUUAAAAAUCUUUCACCACACUUAGGUUUAUUACCUUAUUAUGGGUAAAGUUAUUGUUAGUUUAGGUAUGAAGUUUAAGUUUAAUUGACGUAUUUAAGGAUAUUUAGUGUUUAUGUAAAGGUAAUAUUAUUACAUUCCAAUUAAUCUUUAAAUAUACGCGGAAUGAUAUACCAUAUUUCUUUCUUUAUCAUUCUUUACAUCUUCCCUUAAUUGUAGGCCACUCUCACUAGCUUUUAACAACAUAUGAUAUUGGGUUGAUUUAUACCUGGUUUACAGACACUAAAACACAACAUAAUGAUUGUUAUUUUUAUGUAGUUAGUAUGUAUCUUUAUUUUGCCACUCAACAGCAAUUAAUCRGUGAUAGACAGUACUUAUCAAUGCCCAAGUUUAUCAAAUUUAAUACUGUAAAAAUGUAUGAAUAACACAAUUGCACACAUUUGUAUAAAACAAAUUGUUUGCUGUCGCAUAACAUUACUAUUAGAUAGCAGUUUCAGCUGUUUCAAAAAAGUUAUCAUCAUCAAAAGUGGAUAAAAAUAAUAAUUCUGGCUUAAUUCAGACCCAGAGUUAAUCUGUURAUAUGAAARCAUUUAAAAAUAAAAUUUCUAUUGCCACACGAUGUAGUGAUCAAAAACAACCUUUUUCGAAAUAGCUGUGCGCAUAGUAUUUACAUUAUAAAGAAAUGUGUGUUUAAUUUGUAACCAAACGCCAUKCUGUGUCUGUCUGUUUAUAGAUAGCACUUUGUUCAUAUAUCCACAUAAUUUAAGCAGUUGUAUAAAUUCAAAGUCAAAAUGAUGAUGCUGCAGCAUGAAGAGUUCGUUAAUGAUCUCGUUUAGUGCAGAUUUGUAGGCCUUUGUGGGCCCUUUAGAUAAAUAUAUCUUUUAAUCUAAAGCUUGGUUCUUUCUAAUGUCAAAAUCAGAAACAAUUGAUAGAAUAAUAAAAUAUGUACAAUUACAAAAUAAUGAUAAACUUACUUAAGUUAGUAUUAUUUUAAAAAAAAGAAACAAAAGAAUUGUUUCUCAUUUUGAGCUAGUAUGAACCAGGCUUAGGUAAUGAAUAAUUGUUGAUAUAAUGGUAUAAUGUAAUAAUUUAUUUUAAAUAUGAAUAAUAAUAAACUGUAGCAGGGCUGUCAAUUCCAGAUACCUUGAGAUAAAUAAAGUGACAUCUUUGUUUCUGCUUCUCAAAUGCCCUUCCCCCCCACCCCCUAAUUUAGUUGGAAUCAUGGCUAGUCUGGAAAUGUUGACAGCUCUGGUGUAGAGAUUAAACUGAGUAUACCUUGAUAUAUAAGCAAAUAUAUUAAUUGAUACACAACUGACAGCAAGCACGGAUCCAAUCCAGACUAAAAAUUACUCAAAGUAUAUUGAGUAUGAUUGAUUUGCAUAUAUCAAAAUAUUAUUUCAUGUAAAGCAAAAGUUGGUUCACUAAAUUGAAGUUGUAUCUGAUGUAGACUGAGGGAGAUGUUUGCAUGUAUGACCACAAACAACAAACCAUUGAACAGAGGCACMMCUAAGGAGAUAUCUUUUUCUUUUAUGCUUGCUGUAUCUUGAUGCCUCUGUUCAAUGCUUUUAUGGUCACUGAACCUGAGUAUUGAAUAUAUGUGAAAACAUGACAGUUUCUUUUGAUGUCCAUUCUCCCAGUAAACAUUCUAACUCCAUGUCUCUGACUWCACCAGGUAUAACUGCAAAGUAUUAUAUGCUUAGUUUGCUGGCCACAUUCCACAAUGAUAAAGGAGGAGGUUUUCUUAGUCAUGUGGUAAUAUUAUCUAUAUUUGCAUGUAUUGAGUUCAAAAAGAAAAAAAAUGCAGUUAAUUUGCAGGGGUUUUUUUAUUUUUGUCCAUCUUAUUGGGGAAGCUUCCUUCUGCAAAAGUUUCUUUGAUGUUUUUAUGUCUUUCUGGAAUUAUACAUACAGUAGUAUAUUUCUAGAAAAUGAAAGGAAACAAAGGAUGAUUAAUGUUGCUUGUGUGUGCAUAAAGACACUGUUUGGUCCGUCUGCAGGCAAACAACCAAACUGUAUUAACUUUAAUUUAUUUAAUGUUUUAUUUGAAACCAUUAAAAUUGAUUUAAUGUAAAA